AGAGGAGGCAGGCAGAAUCUUCUCGCAUCCGAGAGAAGUAUCCCGAUCGAAUUCCGGUGAUUGUUGAGAAGGCAGAGAGGAGUGAUAUCCCUGACAUUGAUAAGAAGAAAUACCUUGUUCCAGCUGAUUUGACUGUCGGCCAGUUUGUUUAUGUGGUUCGGAAGAGGAUCAAGCUCAGUGCUGAGAAGGCCAUAUUUGUCUUUGUCAACAACACUUUGCCUCCCACGGCUGCUCUGUUGUCUGCAAUAUAUGAGGAAAAUAAGGAUGAGGAUGGAUUUCUCUACAUGACAUACAGUGGCGAAAAUACUUUUGGGUUCCUUGAGCUUGGAAAUUAAUAUCGCAAAGUUACUAUCUCCAUUGUAAAUCUGCUAUUUCUUUGAUCUUAUCUUGGUUGCUGGCUGUUGUCGUUCAUUUUCGUUAAUCUAUAGAUCAAAUUUGACUGAAGAGCUUAUGGUCCUCUUCUGGUUAACCUUACCAUGUACAGAUGACUCUUGCUCUCUUAUCCAAUAGCCCCUUUUUCUUAUAAAUUUCUUUUGGUUCAAAACGUGUUAUAUGAAGGAAAAAAAGGGAAUACAAUAAAUUUGUUCGGGAGUGUGUGA